GAGAAUUCAGGGUAUUAACAGAAAAGAAUCAGAAGUUUCAUGAGGCCGUAAUGUUAAGUGGCAGUGAAGUGGUACAGAGGAUGCAUACUGCCAACCUGCAGCUGAAGGAAGCCCUCUCCACGUGGGAGUGGUUGGGGAGCUUCGAGAAUGGAUUCAUGACAGACGCUGCCCGCCGAGAGCAGGAGUCCCUAAAGAAGAAGAUUCAGCCGAAGCUCUCACUGACCUUGUCCAGCUCCGUGUCUCGUGGGAAUGUGUCCACGCCACCACGCCACAGCAGUGGAAGCCUUACUCCCCCCGUGACCCCACCCAUUACCCCCUCGUCUUCAUUCCGCAGCAGCACUCCAACAGGCAGUGAGUAUGACGAGGAGGAAGUGGAUUAUGAAGAGUCGGACAGCGACGAGUCCUGGACCACAGAGAGCGCCAUCAGCUCCGAAGCCAUCCUCAGCUCCAUGUGCAUGAAUGGAGGGGAGGAGAAGCCUUUCGCCUGCCCGGUUCCUGGAUGUAAAAAGAGAUACAAGAACGUGAAUGGCAUAAAGUACCACGCUAAGAAUGGUCACAGAACACAGAUUCGUGUGCGCAAGCCAUUCAAAUGUCGCUGUGGUAAGAGUUACAAGACAGCUCAGGGCCUGCGGCACCACACAAUCAAUUUCCAUCCCCCGGUGUCAGCUGAGAUUAUCAGGAAGAUGCAGCAAUAACAUGCUGGUCAUAACUGUGCCAAGAAAUCCUCACCAGCAGUUGCUGAUUUUGAAAACAGCCACCUUUUUUCAGGGGAAGCAUUCAGCAACCCUUUAAGGAAUUAAAUGCAUGCUUUAAAUUUUUUCUGUAAUUUUGGAAUGAUGUAUCUUUGUAGAGUUAAUGAUUUUGUACAUUUGCACAUGUAAUCAUCAUACCCAUUUUCAUUACUUUGAUAUAAGGUGCUAAACAAAAAAGCUCUAGGUUCUUCAGCACAUUUCCCCCAAAACAAACUAUGACUGAGGGCAUGUUGCAUAUUAUUUAGUUGUAUUGCAGUGAUAGCAACUGGGGGAGGAGGGGCUGGCACUGAGGUUUUCUUUUCCCCAAGAUUGUAAUGUGAUUGAAGUUGUUUUUCAACACAUCAACUCACUAUGUUCAAAACCAAAAUAAUACCUUCAUUAUCAAACUGGUUACCAUGCCUUACAUAAUGGAGUUAGUAUUUGUGAGUAGAAAGACUUUAGGUAAUGGAAAUAUAAAUUAAGAAUGUUUAACAUAAUAUGCUAAAAUAUUUUCAUAUUUAAAUAACAUACAUAAAAGGUGUGCUUUCUGUGUUUUAUAUUAUCUUGCAAGUCCUUUUGCCCUUUAAAAAGCUGAAAAUCUUGCCAUCUGACUUACCAAUUGUUUUAGUGUUAUCAAUGGCAUUUUUGUACAAAAUAGUCUCUUCAGUUCACUCUUCAACAAGCAUCCCCUUGAGUACCUGCUGGGUACAAGGGGAUCGAUUUAUGCCUAUUAAUAUUUGCAGACCAAGAUAACAGUUUAGUGAACUAGUUAUCCUUGAAACCUGUUAGGAAACUCUUUGAAAUACUUACGUACAAAUUUUUGUGUGAAAUUUAGUUCUAUCUUCAUCUUUAGGUGAAGUUUUAAAGCACUUUGUAGUUCUCUAUUGCCAACAGAUUUAAUGUUUUAUGUGUUGCCAAUUCUUACAACCACUGCCCUAACAAACCUGUGGGUUGCAAAUAAGAAUUAAAAUUCCACACACGGUUCAAAGAAACAUUUUUGUUAAAGCCCCUAUUGCCUCUUCUUCAUGCUCAUUGUGUUUUUAGUUUUUUUUAAAGGCCCUUUUCCUAUCACAUUGUAGAUGUCUGUAUUCCCAUUAUAAAUGUCUGUUUAGCUUUAUAAAACAAUUUGCUGAAAUAUGAAAUUGAGCCUUAUUGACAAUUAAGUGCUUUCUUGCAGCAGGUGGUCAAAGGAGAAAUGACUAAUAUGUGACCCCUUAGAAUAACCUACGUCUGGACCAUUCCUGAAGUCUUUCUCACCAACAAUACCAUCAUGCCUUGAGUGUUCUUUUCUCCCAAGUGCUAUUCCUUAAACGUGAGUGUUUACCAGUUGCCUAAUUAUGCAAUAAAAAUUGCUCUGAGAUUGCCAACUGCUCACAAAAUUGGUGAAAAACAAACUCACACUGCUUGUAACUUUCUUCCCAUGUCCCCAUUUGAUGAAAGUCUUACAGCUGGAAAGCAGGUGUCCCUCCUUGAUUUUUUCAGACACUUUGAAAGGAUGACAAUUCUGUUAGCCAGAUGGGUAAGCUUCUAUAUUCUUCAGUUGUGAACCCCUUAUAAUGAGGGGGUUUUAAGUAUUUAUAAAGACACUGCCCUCUGAAAAUUUCCUCAGCUCUCUGAAGCGUGGUCUUGGUCCUGAAUGUACAGUGUUACCGUGUAUGUUUAAAAGGGUGAUCCAGACAUGAACAGCCGUCGGUGCAUAAGGCACUUGGCUACUUCGUAUCUACCUAUAAUUGACCAAGAUGUUUUCAGGCCAGCAAUUAUUUAGCUUCGCUCCUUCUAGUGCAAGAAACUGCAGGCUGGAUCAGUAGUUCAACAGCUAAACAGUCAUAAAAUAUCAUCGUGCAUGUUAACGUUUCUUUCAACUAUAAAACAAAUUCCGAUUUCUAUUUGCUUAUUCAUCGUGACAGUAUUACUAAACCGGUAAGGAUGGGAAUAUUUUGUUAUACCGUGUAUAGUGAAUGUAUUGUACUGUGUCUGUGAAAACUGUGCUUUAAAUUAUAUUUUCAUAUGUUUUGUUGGGGACAGAGCACAUUAAGUUUGAAAGCGACAGAGGUUUUAGAACUGAAGGCAACUUAAAUGAAUCAAAAUUCCUGUCAAGAAAAGCUGCUUAUAAAUGUAAAUUAAAUCACAUUUAAAAUAAACUGUCUCUGACCCAAAAUAAAGACGGCUCUUUAUUGUCAUUAGCAUCCAUUAUGAAAAGCCAGUAUCAAGUUUCCCACAGAAACUAAUAUAUCCACUCAGUGCCUUGGGCUACCUUGGGCUGCCCCCCGCAUGUUUUACAGAAUUCAGCUCACACAUGAAAACUGGAUUUAAUUUUUUGCUUAGAUUAGAAUGCAUUGCUUUUUAAUCCUUAAUAGUUUUUGCCUAACAACAAACAGGGCAUCAAAAUAUGGGAGGCCAGAAAGUGAUAGAAAUGUGAGGAGCAAUAAGUCCACUGCUUUCCUCGGAGCUGUCCGCACCCUUAGCAGUCAGGACAGAUCCAGCAGUUAGAGGAUCACUUCGGACUUAGUGAACUCAAGGGCAUCAUCAGUUAACUAACCUGCAUCCAACAGCAGCAGAAGACACAAUGUUUGAGCUCACACAGAGCAUCUACUUCCUGAGAAUAUAAAUCAUACAAAGCAUGUUCUCAGACCACAGUGGGAUUAAACCUAUUUUUGAAAUCAUUACAAAAAGAUAACUGAAAAACACCAAAAUACUUAAGAUUAAAGAAAAAUAAUAAGCGUGGGGCCAAAAACUAUUUAGACUAGUAAGAUGAACAAUCAUCUCACCAGUACUACACUAUUCGAAGGUUUUAAAGUGAGCACGGUCUGGAAUCAUUAAUGCACCAAAAAUGCUCCUAUCACUCAACAUGUUUUACUUGAAUACAUUCUGCUUAGCAGGAAAGUAAAACAUGGCAUCUUCAAUACUGCUGCCCCAGGUAUGCUACGUCCUAACAUCUGGCAUCUGACGACAGCCUGACACUGUUUUCUCCUUGACUCAAAAACCUUUUUACAGGAUUCCAACAACAUACAAGUUGUGCGCCCAGAAAAAAAUACAAGCAACAUGAUGUGUAACGCAGUUCAUAUACAGCACCCAAAAUGCCGCCAUGCUGAGUAUAAGCUUAACAUCUUAAAUAGCUCGUUUGCUUAUUAGGACAAGAUCAAAUAUUUUCGUAACUACAAAAGCAGCAGAACCAAAAAGUCAGAACUUUAAAUUCUUAACAUUCAUGUUAUAAAACAGAAAGGAAUGCAAUACAGUUCAAAAACUUAAAGACACAAAUGGGGGAAAAAGACGUUGAAGAUGCUGGAGUUAAGGAAAAACUAUUGCAAAUAAAUUUGACAAUGACAUUACCUCCAAAAAUGUCUGUCCUCUUUAAUGUUAAUGAGAAUACUAUACACAGCAGAGACAUAACUUAAAAUACAUUGCUUUGAUUUGGGUUUAUGUAUUACAUUUUUAAUCACCUAAGAAUUUUAUUUGUUAUAUUGUCAUCAGGAAAAUGUGAAAAAGAUAUAUUUUCUGUGAUUUUAUGCCACAAACACCAUUAUUUAGAUCAUUUAAUAUGAAACGAUUGUACUCACAUAUCUUGUUCCAUUUUCCUAUUAAAAAUACAAC